AUGGCCAACCAAGAGGAGGCCAACCAAGAGGAGGCCAACCAAGAGGAGGCCAACCAAGAGGAGGCCAACCAAGAGGAGGCCAACCAAGAGGAGGCCAACCAAGAGGAGGCCAACCAAGAGGAGGCCAACCAAGAGGAGGCCAGCCAAGAGGAGGCCAACCAAGAGGAGGCCAACCAAGAGGAGGCCAACCAAGAGGAGGCCAACCAAGAGGAGGCCAGCCAAGAGGAGGCCAACCAAGAGGAGGCCAACCAAGAGGAGGCCAACCAAGAGGAGGCCAACCAAGAGGAGGCCAACCAAGAGGAGGCCAACCAAGAGGAGGCCAACCAAGAGGAGGCCAACCAAGAGGAGGCCAACCAAGAGGAGGCCAACCAAGAGGAGGCCAACCAAGAGGAGGCCAACCAAGAGGAGGCCAACCAAGAGGAGGCCAACCAAGAGGAGGCCAACCAAGAGGAGGCCAGCCAAGAGGAGGCCAACCAAGAGGAGGCCAACCAAGAGGAGGCCAACCAAGAGGAGGCCAACCAAGAGGAGGCCAACCAAGAGGAGGCCAACCAAGAGGAGGCCAACCAAGAGGAGGCCAACCAAGAGGAGGCCAACCAAGAGGAGGCCAACCAAGAGGAGGCCAACCAAGAGGAGGCCAACCAAGAGGAGGCCAACCAAGAGGAGGCCAACCAAGAGGAGGCCAACCAAGAGGAGGCCAACCAAGAGGAGGCCAGCCAAGAGGAGGCCAACCAAGAGGAGGCCAACCAAGAGGAGGCCAACCAAGAGGAGGCCAACCAAGAGGAGGCCAACCAAGAGGAGGCCAACCAAGAGGAGGCCAACCAAGAGGAGGCCAACCAAGAGGAGGCCAACCAAGAGGAGGCCAACCAAGAGGAGGCCAACCAAGAGGAGGCCAACCAAGAGGAGGCCAACCAAGAGGAGGGCAACCAAGAGGAGGGCAACCAAGAGGAGGGCAACCAAGAGGAGGGCAACCAAGAGGAGGGCAACCAAGAGGAGGGCAACCAAGAGGAGGGCAACCAAGAGGAGGGCAACCAAGAGGAGGGCAACCAAGAGGAGGGCGGAGUAGGAGCACUCACGAGGGGAGCAGAGAAGGUGCCAGUGCAGAGAGCGAAGGAGACGUUGGGGUGGGGCGACUGCAGGGCCCAGGAGGAACGGUGGUCGCUUGGAGGGAAGGGGCGGACCUUAAGUGCCGUGGCCUGA